UUGAUGAAGGUCUUCGAGAACCAGAUCCAGAAGUCCAGGUGCCUUCUGGUGAACUUCACCGUGAUUUUUUCUAAAUCAAGAUUUUAUUCCUAAGUAUAUAGAUUUUCUCCCGUUUUUGCUCAGUAAAUAUUAGUGUCCGUUUCAUUGGACUUUUAUUUUGAAGAAGUAGCAUUGCGGAAGGCGGAUUUGACGCCCGAGCGGCAGGAGAAGCGGCAGAGGCAGAGCUAGCAGCGGCGGCAGCAGUUCAGUCUGUCCCGCUGUAGUUCUCCUAAAUUCCUGCUAACGGCCGGCAGCUCCGGUCGCCGCACUUGUAUGUAGCCGUGCCGUUGCGUGUCGCUUUGUGGCCGUUGACGGGAGCUCAGCUAGUCGCUGCCGGUGUGAUGGAAGUGGACAAAAUGGACGAAAACGACUGGAAGUACCACGGAGAGGGGAACAAGAGCCUGGUGGUCUCUCACGUACAGCUUUCCAGAGUUCUACGCCUCCUCAAGUAUCCAGCAGAGGAUUCUGAAAACCCGCCACAGACUGCAGAACAGGCCUUCAGGCAGAUCCAGAACAUCGUGGACUUCAGCUCCAAUGUCAUGAGCAGCCUGCUGGGGGAGAAGUUCAUCCACAGCGGGGAAGUGGUCAAACUCCCUCUGGAGUUUGUGCGACAACUUUCAAUCAAAGUUCAGCAUCAAAGACCAGUGUGGAGAUGUGAUAAAGUGAUGGACAUCUACAGCGGCUGUGCUCUCUGUCUGCCAAACCUGACGUCUCCAGGCCUCCACCAGCAAACACACACUCCACCACUCUGCAUCGAGAUCAAGCCUAAAUGUGGCUUCUUGCCGUCCCCCAAACACGUCAGCAAAGACAUCAAGACCAAAGUGUGUCGCUUCUGCAUGCAUCAACACUACAAGGUGGCCAAUGGGAAGUGGAAGAGACGCAGCCUGUACUGUCCUCUGGAUCUGUUCUCAGGGAACAGACAGAGAAUGCACUUUGCCAUCAGACACCUGAUAGAAGAACCUCAGAACAACUUCAAAAUAUUCAAGGGAGGUCAGUGUAUCUACAGCAGUAAGGAGGGAAGCGACGACUCUCUGGACCUGAACUCGCUGCUGCAUCAUCUCAGACCUUACUUCCUGUACGGGAACAACCGGAUCAACGGUCACAUGACCAGCAAAGCUCUGCUCAGCGACUUCAUCCAGGUUCUGGUCAACGCUCUGCUGAGUGGAGGAGGAGGAGGAGAAGUGACGGACCGACGAGGAGAAGGACGGAGCUUCUGUGAGGCGAGUCUUUACAACAAGGAGAGGAUUCGACACGGCUCUCAGGGUUUACCCAGCGACAGCGUUCUGUUCAGGAUCCUCCAGACUCAGAUGUUGGACUCGUUGGACAUUGAAGGACUUUAUCCUUUGUACUGCCGAGUGGAGCAGCACCUGCAGGACUUCCCCAAAGAGAGGACUCGUCUGCAGAUAGACGGACCGUACAACGAGGCUUUCCUGGAGAAGCUGCAGAAAUGUUCAACGGAGGACGACGGCUCGGUGGAGUUCGCUGCUGCUAAGGUCCAUCAGUACCGUGUCGCCAUGACAGCCAAGGACUGCUCCAUCAUGGUUGCCCUGGUGCCCAGCGGUGAGGAAGAGGACGACGACGAAGGUCUGUCCGCCCAGCGGCGUCUCUUCAGACCUCCAGCCUUCUCCUGCUCCGUCUCCAUCCUGGAUCUGGACCCGAAGCCGUUCGACAGCAUCCCUCGCCAGCUGCGUCUGGACCAGAAGAUCGUGUCGUGCUACCUGAGGACCGGCUCUCUGCCCAAAGGCAUCUUCACGGCGGCUGAGAGGGACGACUGCACGCUGCUGUUCCACCCGGUGUGACGAGGAGACGCCGCCUCAGAGCAGCUCGGCCGUUACGUCGCUGCAAUAAACCUGCAGCGGCUCCACGUCUUUGUGUUACUGAUUCGCGUUGCCGUGGCGACCGGACGGAGGCAAAUCCUCUGCUCCGACACUGUUCAUUAGAAAAAAAAAAAACCCCUGAUUGGAUUGGUUGGCAUGGCAACGCGCUCCAAACUCCCCCCUCCUUUCCAGAGAGAAAGAAAAAGAAGCCGAGUGGAAGCGAUGGAGGGAAAAGCAGGUAGUACCCAGAAUGCUUUGCUUUCAUCUUGGGUCGGAGGUUUCAGGCUGAGUUCAGAAUCAUGUUCUGACAUCUAAACUAUAAAGUUUAUUCUGACAGAGAAGGUUCACUGUGUCCCAAAUGGAGUAGAAGUCAGAAACACCAGGAUGUUAAACUACGCCUGGUCAGAUUCAGCGACAUCAGCGUCUCACAACCAGAAACACACUUUAAAGGUGUCAGAUUAGGAUGUAGUUUGUCACAGUUGGCCCUAAAAGAGUUGAAACUCAUCUGAAACUUCUCAAAAGUUGUUAAAAAUGACAACAGUUUAAUUAAAAGUUGCCUAAAAUGUACUAAAAAAGUGUUCAAAAUUUGAGCAAAACAACAAAAAGAUGAGGUUUUACCGUUUGAUGCUGCAGAGUUCAUGAACACCAGUUAGCAGUCACAGAGCAAACACACCUUUAGCUCCACCUGGUGGAACAAACAGGUACUACAGCAGAACUACAACACCGUAGACAGAGUUGGUUGAUAUAUUAUUAAUGAUUUCUCAGUGAGUCCUACAGUUAAACAUCCAGAGUUCAGGUUUAUUAAACUGUCUGAGUGUAGAUCCAGUUUCAGGACAUCUAAAAUUACUUUACAUUUACUAAAUGUAGGAAACACUUCUGAAAAUCCUGAGUUAGUUGUGAAUCUCUUCCACUGACUUCAGCUGAAACCUCCGACAGAAAACCUGCUUUUGUUUUCAACUCUUUCCUCGCUGUUAUUGUGAGACGGAGCCUGAUGAAGGAACGGUUUAUUUUCAGUAGUCGGCUAACAUUCGUCUGUUGACUAACUGGGUAACUUGUAGCUUUGUGGCCAUUUGGUCGGAUUAACGCUUCCAUUCUGAGAGAAUCGACUCCAUUUAAUAUUCAACAUCAGAUUUGUCCUUUUUGAUUUCACAGAACUGGAGACUAAAUGCGACCGAACGGCUGCAGAGAGCAGAUUUAAAGUUUUAACAGCUCAGAGAUGCUUUCUGUCUAAUCAGACCGGAGCAGUGGCUGCUGGGUAACGGAGUUCAGAGCUCCAGGUUCUCGUGCCAUAAGUGGCUUGUUGUUGUUGCUGUUGUUUGUCCACGUGCCUAAAUGUUCUGGUCGGACUGGAGGGCGGCAGCGAUGCGCUCAGAAAACCACGUUGUUACAGGCUGCGUCCACACGGUGGCGCCAGAAACCGAAGGCGAGACGUGGGUGUGUUUCUGAGCCGCCGUGGAUCAGCGGUGAACUCUCAGUACCUCGAACUCCCGGCGGCCCGAACACGAAACGCUGCUUUCGGGAUCGCCGGGAGGUUUCUGAGGACGGCGGCGUCUCCUCCUCCGGUGACGCCGUCGACCUCACAGACCGCCGACGGAGGCUUCAGAUAAACUGGUGACACUUGACUUCAGUUCCUGCCGACGCUCUCCAGCCAAUCACGUCUAGAAAUCACACUAAGAGCCCAUCACACUCCACCUCGCUCCGGUCCUCCGGUCGCCAGGCGAGUUCUGUCGAAUCCAAACACUAAACGGGUUUAAACUGGGUCCUUCUGUUACAGCAGACGGGACGUUUAGCCAAUCAGAUGCCUGGUUGUCCUGGAGACGAAGCGGUUAAAACGGCUGGAGAGCGGACGGCGGCGAACUGAACCAACCGAUGAUCGUUGUAACUGUUGAAACGGAGACGUGGCAGGCAGCAGGGGCUGAUGGGAAAUCUGAGAGAUAGCGGAGGUCUGGACGAAACAAAAACACACUGAGAUGUUUGUUUGUUGUUUGCACAAUCCGGAAAUUCACUUUUCAUGCAAGUUAAACGUUCACUAAGUUUGAACUUUUCCAGAAAAUGUUUUUCCAUCUCCUACGAAGUUCAUUUACUCUUCAUUAACCGUUUACUUAAACUAUAAAACUACAUUUCCUGUUAAAUCUAAAAGGAAAAGUUACUCAUUAUAAUGUAAAAAAUGCUGGAUUCAAACUUUGUUUUUGCACAGUAGUCGAAGAUAUCUAGCUUCAGCUCACUUCAAAUACUUAGAAACCUGAUUUAGGUUCUUAUUUGUGACAGUAUUUCCAUUCUGGUAUUGUGAUACUUUUACUUGAACUUCCUGAACGCCAAACUGCAGUUUUUCUGGGUCGUUUUUUUUUUUUUUUUUUUUUUUUGCACAUUUUUCCACCCAGUUUGUUAGAAUUAUCUAAAAAAAGGUAGAAUGUCUUAAAUAUUAAUUUUUACAAAAAUCCCUAAAAAAAAUAGGUGUUGUAGCAACUGUAAAAUAAAAAAGAGGAGAUUCUACCCACGAGCGAUAUUUAUUUUAUACGUUUUCGAUUAGUUUCUGUGCCGACACACUUCCUGCAGUUCAACUGAGUCAGUGAUAAAUCCUGAUUUGUGUCAACGAGCUCAGAAUUUAUCAUUUUGUUCAGAAUCUGGCUUGAGAUGAGAUUAUUUUUGGUGAAUUAUUAAUUAGAGGGAUGAAAAUGUUCAGAUUUUAGGUUCAGAUGCAGAACCUCGUGGAUGAAUAGUUCAAAGACCAUCGUAAAGUAUGAACUCCCAACAUUUUUUAUGUUUAUCCAGUUUGUAGUUUCGGUAAACGGUGUGAUUUCAGUGAAUGUUUAAAAGAUGCUUUUCAAACCUGCCUGCUGGGUUCAGAGAAUUCAUUUAAAGAUGAAACGCUGCUGCUGGUUGGACGUCAUUGUAGCCAUAAUGAGGUACAAACUCAGUGUUAUUACUAUAAUAAAAUGAUAAUCCUGUUAACAUCAGUCCAGACCUCUGACAGGUGAGCUGCAGCCUGAUUGGUCACUGCCUCCACCCGCUGCCUCCUGAUUGGCCGCCGUCUGCUGCCUGGGCGUCGGCCUGCAGAAACAUCACAGCACUGUGAUAGAGAUUCUAAUAACUGCGUGUGUGUAAAUAGCUGAGAGAAGAGAAACUAUUUGAGAAAAAAAUACAAAGGCGACUCUGCUGUCUGGCAUUUUGUAUUUAAAUUAUUUAUUUUUGUAGAUUUUGACCGAUGAGCUCCGCUGCUGUCACAGCUGUCGCAGUCGAGCUCUUUCUAUUGAAUUAAAGAUUUCUAACGGA